AUGGCACAGAAAGGAGAUCAGCUGGACCGAGACUCCUUCUCUUGUUCGAUCUGUCUGGAUCUACUGAAGGAUCCGGUGACUAUUCCCUGUGGACACAGCUACUGUAUGAGCUGUAUUAAAAACUUCUGGGAUGGAGAGGAUCAAAGAAAGAUCUACAGCUGCCCUCAGUGCAGAGAGACCUUCACACCGAGGCCUGUACUGAAUAAAAACACCAUGUUUGCAGCUUUAGUGGAGCAGCUGAAGAAGACUGGACUCCAAGCUGCUCCUGCUGAUCACUGCUAUGCUGGACCUGAAGAUGUGGCCUGUGAUGUCUGCACUGGGAGGAAGAUGAAAGCCUCCAAGUCCUGUCUGACCUGUCCUGCCUCUUAUUGUGAGAAUCACCUCCAGCCUCAUUAUGAUGCAGCUCCAUUAAAGAAACACAAGCUGGUCGAGCCCUCGAAGAAGCUCCGGGAGAAUAUCUGCUCUCGUCAUGAUGAGGUGAUGAAUAUGUUCUGUCGUACUGAUCAGCAGAGUAUCUGUUAUCUCUGCCCUGUGGAGGAUCAUAAAGGCCACGACACAGUCUCAGCUGCAGUAGAAAGGACUGAGAGGCAGAGAGAGCUCGAGGUGAGUCGACUAAACAUCCAGCAGAGAAUCCAGGACAGAGAGAAAGAUGUGAAGCUGCUUCAACAGGAGGUGGAGGCCGUCAGUCAUUCUGCUGAUAAAGCAAUGGAGGACAUUGAGAAGAUCUUCACUGAGCUGAUCCGUCUCCUCCAGAAAAGAAGCUCUGAUGUGAAGCAGCAGAUCAGAUCCCAGCAGGAAACUGAAGUGAGUCGAGUCGAAGAGCUUCAGGAGAAGCUGCAGCAGGAGAUCACUGAGCUGAAGAGGAAAGACGCUGAACUGAAGCAGCUCUCACACACAGAGGAUCACAACCAGUUUCUACACAACUACCCCUCAGUGUCACAACUCAGUGAACCUACAGACUCAUCCGUCAUCAAUAUCCGUCCUCUGAGAUACUUUGAGGAUGUGACAGCAGCUGUGUCAAAGCUCAGAGAUAAACUACAGGACAUCCUGAGGGAGGAAUGGACAAACAUCUCACUGACAGGGACUGAAGUGAAGGUUUCACUGUCAGGACCAGAGCCCAAGACCAGAGCUGGGUUCUUAAAAUAUUCAUGUGAAAUCACUCUGGAUCCAAACACAGCAAACACACUACUGUUAUUAUCUGAAGGGAACAGAAAAGUACAACGAAUGAAACAACCACAGUCUUAUUCUAGUCAUCCAGAUAGAUUCACUGGAUGGUGGCAGGUCCUGAGUAGAGAGAGUCUGACUGGACGUUGUUACUGGGAGGUGGAGUGGAGAGGAGGAGGAGUUCGUAUAGCAGUCGCAUACAAGAACAUCAGCAGAGCAGGAGGGUCAAAGAAAUGUGUAUUUGGACGUAAUAAUGACAUAUCUUGGGCUUUAGAUUGUCAAACUAAUAGUUAUAAUUUUCUGUUCAACAACAUUGAAACUCCCGUCUCAGGUCCUCGUUCCUCCAGAGUCGGAGUGUACCUGGAUCACAGAGCAGGUAUUCUGUCCUUCUACAGUGUCUCUGAAACCAUGACUCUCCUCCACAGAGUCCAGACCACAUUCACUCAGCCUCUCUAUGCUGGACUUUUCCUUCUUAAUUGUGGAGUCACAGCUGAGUUGUGUAAACUGAAAAUGGCGCAGAAAGGAGAUCAGCUGGACCAAGAAACAAUCAGCUGUUCGAUCUGUCUGGAUCUACUGAAGGAUCCGGUGACUAUUCCCUGUGGACACAGCUACUGCAUGAGCUGUAUUAAAAACUUCUGGGAUGGAGAGGAUCAGAGGAAGAUCUACAGCUGCCCUCAGUGCAGACAGGUCUUCACACCGAGGCCUGUCCUGAUGAAAAACACCAUGUUAGCAGCUUUAGUGGAGCAGCUGAAGAAGACUGGACUCCAAGCUGCUCCUGCUGAUCACUGCUAUGCUGGACCUGAAGAUGUGGCCUGUGAUGUGUGCACUGGGAGGAAGCUGAAAGCCUUCAAGUCCUGUCUGAUGUGUCUGAUCUCUUACUGUGAGAAUCACCUUCAGCCUCAUUACACUGUUGGUCAAUUUAAGAAACACAAGCUGGUUGAGCCCUCGAAGAAGCUCCAGGAGAACAUCUGCUCUCGUCAUGAUGAGGUGAUGAAGAUGUUCUGUCGUACUGAUCAGCAGAGUAUCUGUUAUCUCUGCUCUGUGGAUGAACAUAAAGGCCACGACACAGUCUCAGCUGCAGCAGAAAGGACUGAGAGGCAGAGAGAGCUCGAGGUGAGUCGACUAAACAUCCAGCAGAGAAUCCAGGACAGAGAGAAAGAUGUGAAGCUGCUUCAACAGGAGGUUGAGGACGUCAGUCGCUCUGCUGAUAAAGCAGUGGAGGACAGUGAGAAGAUCUUCACUGAGCUGAUCCGUCUCCUCCAGAAAAGAAGCUCUGAUGUAAAGCAGCAGAUCAGAUCCCAGCAGGAAACUGAAGUGUGUCGAGUCAAAGAGCUUCAGGAGAAGCUGCAGCAGGAGAUCACUGAGCUGAAGAGGAAAGACGCUGAACUGAAGCAGCUCUCACACACAGAGGAUCACAACCAGUUUCUACACAACUACCCCUCAGUGUCACAACUCAGUGAACCUACAGACUCAUCCAGCAUCAAUAUCCGUCCUCUCAGAUACUUUGAGGAUGUGACAGCAGCUGUGUCAGAGCUCAGAGAUAAACUACAGGACAUCCUGAGGGACAAAUGGACAAACAUCUCACAGGCAGUGACUGAAGUGGACGUUUUACUGCCAGAACCAGAGCCCAAGACCAGAGCUGAGUUCUUAAAAUGUUCAUGUGAAAUCACUCUGGAUCCAAACACAGCAAACACACACCUGUUAUUAUCUGAGGGGAACAGAAAAGUACAACGAAUGAGCCAAAAACAGUCUUAUUCUAGUCACCCAGACAGAUUCACUUUUUAUUUUCAGGUCCUGAGUAGAGAGAGUCUGACUGGACGUUGUUACUGGGAGGUGGAGUGGAGAGGAGGAGGAGUUCGUAUAGCAGUCGCAUACAAGAACAUCAGCAGAGCAGGAUCAUCAUAUGAAUGUGUAUUUGGACGUAAUGACAAAUCUUGGGCUUUAGUAAGUGACAAUAACAGUUAUACAUUUUUGUUCAGCAACAUUGAAACUCCCGUCUCAGGUCCUGUUUCCUCCAGAGUCGGAGUGUACCUGGAUCACAGAGCAGGUAUUCUGUCCUUCUACAGCGUCUCUGAAACCAUGACUCUCCUCCACAGAGUCCAGACCACAUUCACUCAGCCGCUCCAUGCUGGACUUUGGGUUCUUGAUUCUGGAGUCACAGCUGAGUUGUGUAAACUGAAAUUGAAACUCAGACAGUCGUUGCCACAGAGAGCUGAAAUGGCACAGAAAGGAGAUCAGCUGGACCGAGAAUCCUUCUCUUGUUCGAUCUGUCUGGAUCUACUGAAGGAUCCGGUGACUAUUCCCUGUGGACACAGCUACUGCAUGAGCUGUAUUAAAAACUUCUGGGAUGGAGAGGAUCAGAGGAAGAUCUACAGCUGCCCUCAGUGCAGACAGACCUUCACACCGAGACCUGCCCUGAUGAAAAGCACCUUGUUAGCAGUUUUAGUGGAGCAGCUGAAGAAGACUGGACUCCAAGCUGCUGCUGCUGAUCACUGCUAUGCUGGACCUGAAGAUGUGGCCUGUGAUGUCUGCACUGGGAGGAAGAUGAAAGCCUUCAAGUCAUGUCUGCAAUGUCUGGCCUCUUACUGUGAGAACCAUAUUCAAUUUCAUUAUGAAUCUGCAUUUAAAAAGCACAAGCUGGUCGAUCCCUCGAAGAAGCUUCAGGAGAACAUCUGCUCUCGUCAUGAUGAGGUGAUGAAGAUGUUCUGCCGCACUGAUCAGCAGAGUAUCUGUUAUCUCUGCUCUGUGGAUGAACAUAAAGGCCACGACACAGUCUCAGCUGCAGCAGAAAGGACUGAGAGGCAGAGAGAGCUCGAGGUGAGUCGACUAAACAUCCAGCAGAGAAUCCAGGACAGAGAGAAAGAUGUGAAGCUGCUUCAACAGGAGGUGGAGGCCGUCAGUCACUCUGCUGAUAAAGCAGUGGAGGACAGUGAGAAGAUCUUCACUGAGCUGAUCCGUCUCCUCCAGAAAAGAAGCUCUGAUGUGAAGCAGCAGAUCAGAUCCCAGCAGGAAACUGAAGUGAGUAGAGUCAAAGAGCUUCAGGAGAAGCUGCAGCAGGAGAUCACUGAGCUGAAGAGGAAAGACGCUGAACUGAAGCAGCUCUCACACACAGAGGAUCACAACCAGUUUCUACACAACUACCCCUCAGUGUCACAACUCAGUGAAGCUACAGACUCAUCCAGCAUCAAUAUCCGUCCUCUCAGAUACUUUGAGGAUGUGACAGCAGCUGUGUCAAAGCUCAGAGAUAAACUACAGGACACCCUGAGGGACAAAUGGACAAACAUCUCACUGACAGGGACUGAAGUGAAGGUUUCACUGUCAGAAGCAGAACCAGAGCCCAAGACCAGAGCUGGAUUCUUAGAAUAUUCAUGUGAAAUCACUCUGGAUCCAAACACAGCAAACACACUACUGUUAUUAUCUGAAGGGAACAGAAAAGCUGAAUUAAUGAGACAACAACAGUCUUAUUCUAGUCACCCAGACAGAUUCACUGAAUGGUUUCAGGUCCUGAGUAGAGAGAGUCUGACUGGACGUUGUUACUGGGAGGUGGAGUGGAGAGGGACAGGAGUUUGUGUAGCAGUCGCAUACAAGAAUAUCAGCAGAACAGGAUGGUCAAAUGAGUCUAUAUUUGGAUAUAAUGACAAAUCUUGGGCUUUACGUUGUGACACUAACAGUUAUAAUUUUUUGUUCAACAACAUUCAAACUCUCGUCUCAGGUCCUGGUUCCUCCAGAGUCGGAGUGUACCUGGAUCACAGAGCAGGUAUUCUGUCCUUCUACAGCGUCUCUGAAACCAUGACUCUCCUCCACAGAGUCCAGACCACAUUCACUCAGCCUCUCUAUGCUGGAUUUUUGCUUCCUUAUUCUGGAGACACAGCUGAGUUGUGUAAACUGAAAUAGACAGAAGUGAUUUCAGACUUCAUGUGUCAGAUUCUGUGUUGUAAUUAUUCAUGUUUUUGUCUCCAUGUUUCUGAGAGCUUGUGGCUGUUUCUGAACUGCACAGAGAUCAGCUGUCAAUCAAACUGGAGUUGUCAUCACCUUUUUCUUUUCAUUUGUUCUGUGGAUAAUUUCAGUUCCUUGUGUGCUGUCGUUUCUUAAACAGAGAAAACAGCAGAACUUCCUUCAUCAUAGAUAUUUUGUUGUCAUUAAUCAAACUGUAAUUAUCAUGAUAGUAAUCAACCAGGAGAUCAGUAAUGAU